CUUCUCCUGUAGAAAUAUAUCUCGGACUCAGGUUUUAGGCGAAUGCGUGAGAAAUGCCUCGACCACUGGCGUAAAUGGCAUCCCUAGAUACAAUAUCCUUGGCAAUGGACGUCCUCUGAACAGUAAUUUACAGAAUAGGAUGGUGAUAUAGAUCAGAAUGGAAUCUGUGAAAGAACAAAGCCUUGUAACUUUGGUGAACAAUGACCCAGGGAAACAGAAGAGAAAGUACGGAAGAACAUGGAGGCAGAGACACAGGCAGAAAUCAGAUGAGACAAAGUCGUAUGAGAUGGACUCGAGCUCGAUGCUGGUCAGCCUUAGCCAGUGGCUCAAGCAGAAGGGGAUGAGAAGGCAUUUGGGCUCGCGCCUAAAAGUGGCAGUAUUUUCCGAUACUGGACGAGGACUUAUGGCGGUGAAUGGUGUAAGAGCAGGGGAAGUAGUGGUCAGUAUUCCAAGACAAGCAUUGAUUACUUGUGAGGACGUGGUGCAUGAUGAUCAUCUGGGGGCUGUUCUCAGAAGUUCAGGAAAGAAGUUGAAGGCUAUGGAAGUUUUAACUUUAUUUUUAGUGUACCACAAGUCCUUGGACGAAGCUUCAUCUUGGAGACCUUACUUGGAGAGUCUGCCAAAAAGUUACACUGUACCUUUAUAUUGCUCCAAAAGUGAGCAUGCUUUGUUUCCAGCAUUUUUGAAGGCUUUUGCAGACCAACAAGAGGAGGAUAUCAAUGCCUGUUAUAUUAAUAUCAGAGAGAUAAUUUCCCAAACUUUAGGGGGAGACUCAAUAUGUAUAGAUGACGUCAAAUGGGCUUGGUUCACUGUGAAUACAAGAGCAGUGUAUCUCAAGAAUGAAUCUCCUGAUCCUAUAUUGGUGGAUGAUGAUAAAUGUGCAUUAGCCCCUUACCUGGAUCUUUUGAACCACACUCCUAAUGCUCAGGUAACCACAGGACUGAACCAAAAGAACAACUGCUAUGAAAUUGUAACACAAGUAUCCUAUAAGCCCUUUGAACAAGUUUUCAUUAAUUAUGGACCUCACGAUAAUAUUAAAUUGUAUAAAGAAUAUGGGUUCACCGUUCCAAAUAAUCCUCAUAAUAGUGUUCCAGUGACUUUGGAUGACAUAAAAAGAGUUGCUAAGAGUGUCUGCAGUGACGAUCAAAGAAUUAGUGAUAUGUAUAACAAGUGCAAAUUAUUGAAAAAACAUCAGUUAGAUGAGGGUUUGGUGGUUAGUAAUGAUGGUCCCUCAUGGGCACUAGAGGUUGCAACUACCAUCUUGCUGAUGACUGCUGCGGAACUUACCAGGUGGCAGGUCGUAUAUCAUGACUAUCAGGGUGUACAGCACAGGAAACUAGUUCUAGGAGUGCUCAAUCACGUCAUUGAGUGCAAACUGCAAGAACUCCACGAGCGCCUUGAAGAAAUGGAUUCUGUUGAGAAUUGUACUGAGGCCUUUAUGGUCGGCAGAAAUCUUGUCAGAGAGUGUUGCGAGUUUUUGAGGGAAGCAGUUCCAGGAGUGGGCAAGGCAGUGUGAUGAUCUUCUUAGAAUGGAAUUAAAAGGAAAAAUAUGUGGACGAAGUGCAGUUUAUUUUGGGUUUCUAUUUCAUUAUCAAUUGUUGAAGGCUGAGCUAAUAAGAGCUAAUGGUAAUAAUAUAUGUAUAUAUAUAACAAGGAAAUAUGAAUGCACAAAAGAUUGUGAUUUUGGAAAUACACAUGUUUAUUGCAUGCCAUAUUUAUGGCUGACUUGUAGAAAACCUAUGAAAAUGUCAGAUUGUAAAACUUUUUUUUCAUCAAUAUUUUUUAAUAAACUCUUGUAUGAAA